AUGGGUGUAUGUGCACCACACAAGCGUCUGCUCUUUCACAGUGACGAUGUGGAGGAUUUUUCCAAAGAGAUCCUCGCCAAUAUUUAUUCAGCGUACAUCGACAACUUCAUGAACGCCAAAGACGCAGUGAGAAUCGCCAAGGAAGCCAAGCCUGCUUUCCUAAAGUUUCUAGAGCAAAACAUGCGUGAGAAUAAAGAGAAACAAGCUCUGGGUGAUCUGAUGAUAAAGCCAGUGCAGCGGAUCCCACGAUACGAGCUGCUAGUUAAGGAUCUUCUGAAACACACUCCUGAGGAUCACCCCGACUACCUGUUCCUGCAGGAUGCCCAGAAGAACAUCAAGCGAUUGGCUGAGAGGAUCAACAAGGGCCGGCGCACCGCGGAGGAGCUGGAGAGAGAGACGCGUGUCAUGCAGGAGAUCGAAGCGCACAUCGAGGGCGUGGAGCAUAUCCUGAAUCCGCAGAGGACGUUUCUAAGACAAGAGAUGGUGGUGGAAGCGAAAACGGUGGGCGGUAAAAAAGACCGAUCUCUGUUUCUGUUCAGCGAUCUGCUCAUCUGCACCACGCUAAAGAGAAAGUCUGGUUCUCUGCGCCGGAGCUCCAUGAGUCUAUACUCCGCUGCUAGUGUCAUUGACACAUCGAGUAAAUACAAGUUCUUGUGGAAACUGCCCUUAGAAGACAUUGAGGUGGUUAAAGGUUCCAAUCAAGCCACUAACAGAGAAAACAUCCAGAAAACCAUCAGCCGUCUGGAUGAAGAUCUCAGCACGCUUGGCCAAAUAAGCAAGCUGUCAGAAACACUCAGUUUCCCCCAUCAGAGUUUGGACGAUGUGAUAAAGGAUCUGAUGGCGUCAGUGCACCGUGAGCUGGCAGAUAAACAGUCUCUGGCCUUCAGCAUGACGUUACUCCCCACUAAACUAGAGCUGACCAGCACUUCAGCCGAGACCACCUUCAUCUUUGAGUUCAGCAGCCCUGAUACCCGCAGUAACUUUGAGCAGGCCUUUGAGGAGGCCAAGAAGAAGCUCGGUAAAUCAGAGCUAACCCUCUCUCAGACCUGCCCGUGUCCUCAUAUUCAUGUGUACCAGUCAUCAGACAACAUCAGAAACCGGAAGAACAGCAUGAAGAUGCAGCACUCUGCCUCUAUCCUGUGUAUCCUGUAUCUUGACAACAAAGUGUUUGUGUCCCUGGCAAACGGGGAGGUGAUUGUUUAUCAGAGGGAAGCAGGAAGUUUCUGGGACCCUCAGAGCUCUCAAACGCUGUGUCUGGGCUCUCCAAGUGGACCCGUGACCAAAAUGGUUCCUGUGGCGGGAAAACUGUGGUGUGGCUGUCAGAACCGAGUCCUCAUCAUCAACACCAGCACUUUAGCACAAGAGCACUCACUCCAGGUGGGUCAGGACAGUGGGCGCUGCGUGACCAGUAUGGUGAGCUAUGGUAAAGGCGUGUGGAUCGCUCUACAGGGCAGUGCUCAGGUGCGGCUUUAUCACACCUCCACCUACGAGAGCCUGACGGAGGUCGACGUGGCACCAGCCGUGCACAAGAUGCUUGCAGGCUCUGAUGCCAUUAUCCGGCAGCACAAAGCAGCGUGUUUGCGGAUCACGGCUCUUCUGGCGUGUAAGGACCUGCUGUGGAUCGGCACCAGUGCAGGGGUGGUCCUGACUCUGGCCAUCCCACCAGUGUCCUCCACUGGGCUGGGCUCUCUGCGUGCUCCCCUCCUCCCCAUGGGCUCCGCCCACGGACACACCGGACACGUCCGCUUCCUCACGUGCAUUGAGUUGCCAGAGGGCUUUGACGUCAACUUCCCACCGCCGUCCGAAUCAGUGAACUCCGCACAGAACAGCUCAGAGAGCAGCAGCGGAGGCCUGCAGAGACGAGACUCCGCCCAACGGCGCGCCUCCAUCAUCUUGCCCGUCAAAUCCAACCUGCUGGUCAUUAGCGGCGGCGACGGCUAUGAAGACUUCAGACUGACCAAUAGCAGUGAGACGAUGGGGCGGGACGACAGCACCAACCACUUACUGCUGUGGCGCGUGUGACAGAAGCCCCGCCCCCUCGACACACAAGCCGCUGGACCAGCCCACGCACUUCCCCCCCGAAACCCCGCCCCUUCCUGUUCUCUGAUGCGUUGUGCAUGAGCGUGUAAGACGCUAACCAAUGGGGUGUUUGUUUGUCGUUACGUUGUGUUAUGGGUCAUUUUUGUUUCUUAAUGUAAUAUAUUGAUCUCGCUUGCCAUGUGGUGUUUCCUGUGGCCGCUUUUGAAUAUUGUGUUGAAACUUUAAAGCAGCUUUCGGAUGAAAUUAUCGUAAAAAUCCUUGAAGAAGAAAAGAUAGACAUCAGAAAGAGAAAAAGCAGGAAAAGGUGAAGUAAAAAAAGAAAGGAAGCAAGAAUUGUUGGAUAGAGAGAGGGUUUGAAUGCAUCACAUGAGGCAGGGAGGAUUGUGGGUAAUGUGGAUGGACGUACAAAGUAAAAAGACGUGUUUUCUUCAUCUUUCACUUCGUUAGAGGACAGUCCGCACACUUUUAUGGUCAACUACUGGUCCUGACAGACUGUGAUUUCAUUGGAGAAUGAAGAUGUUUUUGUUAAAGCUCUCGUUUGUGUUGUUCGGGGCGAGAUGAGAGUUAAUCUUACGUAACCAAUGUGCAAUAUAAGGCUAGAGUACCUACAAACCGCUAUAUGACACGCACACACACACAAUUUACUACUUCAGUAAUCAUCAAACUCACUGUUAGAGUUAUUACACACUAUCACUUUAUUUUUUUUGGUUAUUGAAUCAUCUUUAUGUAUAAAUAAGACUUCACAAUGUUAUGUAAAAGAACAGCAAUGACAUUCCAUAUAUAGGUAUUGUGACAAAAAUCCUUUUGUACAGUAUUUAUGUUUUUCAUUUUUAGUUAAGUCUCUUUUAUAGCACUUAAUUUAUAAAUAAAGUAGUCUGACGUAUUUCUCUACUGAAAGAUUUCGACGCUCAACUCAAGUUGGGUCAGUGAGGUCGCAUUUGUAUGAUUUUUGAAACAUUAUUCAGGUGAAUCUCACAAAGAAACAUCCAGGUCAUAUUUCACCCCAAAAUCAAAAGA